CAAAGCCUUCCGAUCUUACAUAAUAGAAGCGUGCACUUGACUUUCGGUCAUGUUGACAGUUGCUUGCGAAAGAAUACGUGCAAGAGCGAGAGGGAAGCGCAGCAGUAGUGGGGAGCUGCAACAGCACUGGGUUGUGGUAGUAGCAAAAUAAAGAGAAAAAAAGGAAAGACUGCACACACAAGAAGUCGUCCGGAGGAAAAGUGCACCAGUAUUUGGAUCCGUGCCGUCUUUUAUCGCAUCGCACCGCUAACCUUGAGGGAAGGUCCGUGCUGAACAGCUGCCCUUGGCCGGGACCUUUCGUACGAACACGAGAACAGUCCCAGUCCAUUGUGGUCCACUCCCACCGGACAAUCCCGUCCUAUCGAACGAGACACGGGUUCAACUCCCUCGAUUGGAAAAGGCCAGGAAGGAGAAAAAUGAUAUUGAUUACGAAAACCGUAUGAUAGAUCGCGGAUCGACAGACACACUUGUGCAGUGGGGGCUCACAGAGUGUGCGGCCACCAGUGAAUUUUCCAUUUCCCUCGAAAUCAAAUACCCUCUGAAAGCUUUCCUUGCACACGUCGUCGAUCGUUGGAUUUUGCCUUCCGGCAGAAGACAAACCAGCAGCAGCAGUACUACCACCAUCACCAAUCUCACGCGCAAAACCCGCCUCCAUCCGAAUGGAUGUUAUCGGUCCGGACGAUCGUCCGCAGGAAACGGGAACAACAAACGGUAAGCAGCUCACCAAUGGAAACGCAACGCCGGCGGAAGAAAGCGCCGCGGCCGCGGUAGCGGGUGGCGGUGCCGGAAAGCGCAAAAAGGCUAAGAGGAAAAAUAAAGCUAAAAAUAGUCAGACCGAGUCGGAGAUGACGGGCGAAACGAAUAUGACUAUCUCCGGCGCGUUCGACACGGCGACGAUGAAGCCGCCACCAGAGGCUGUGCUAGCGAAGCAGGUGGAACAGAGCGCGGUGACUGUAAAUAGUAAUUGUAAUAGUAAUAGCAGUAAACAUAGUACCAGCAGUAGUCAUAGUAACGGGCUACCGGAGAAGCCAGCACCAGACCCGUCGUCCGUAGAUGCAAUCAGCAAGAAGCUGGAGCAGUGUGUUCAACUCGGCCGUAACGGCUUAACGCAUAAUGGUUUGCCGAAUCAUGGUGCGGAUACUGGCGAUACGGAACAGCCGGCCGGGGAAGACAUAGCUAGCACCGUAGAAAGAAAGUCCGGUAAGAAAAAGCAUCGCAGUAGGCAAACGAAAAAGGGUCCGCUGCCAGCUAACACAACCUGUACAGACGAGAAUGAAGAAGAUGAAGGCAAAUCUCAGCCAACAACGUCUACAACUACUGCCUUGCUGGGUGUGGGAGCUACUAGCGAAAAGAACGAGUCAACCGAUGGCCAGAACGUGCCGGAAGAGCCGCCUGCAACCGAUGCCGCACUGGCGGCGGCAGUGGAAAGCAAACCGGCCCUGACACCGAUGGAAAUCACUUACCAGGUGUACGAAUCGGAACGCCAGAUGCCGGCGAUAAUGGCCCUGAUUCAGAAGGAUCUGUCGGAACCGUACUCGAUCUACACCUAUCGUUACUUCAUACACAAUUGGCCAAAGCUGUGCUUUCUCGCGCUGCACCAGGAUACGUGCGUCGGGGCGAUCGUCUGCAAGCUGGACAUACACCGGCAGGAGACGCGCCGCGGCUACAUAGCGAUGCUGGCGGUGGACAAAGAUUACCGUAAGCUAAAAAUCGGUACCACGCUCGUACAGAAAGCGAUACAGGCUAUGCUAGAAGAUAACGCCGACGAGGUGGUGCUCGAGACGGAAAUUACGAACCAACCGGCACUGCGGUUGUACGAAAAUUUAGGCUUCGUGCGUGACAAACGGCUCUUUCACUAUUACCUAAACGGUGUCGAUGCGUUACGGCUUAAGCUUUGGUUUAGAUGAAUGCACCGCACCCUGUAUCCUUGACCAGCACACCACCACCACCACCAACCUUCCCGCGAAGCGAUCGGAAGUGGCGGAAAGGAUCAGGCAAACUCUUGAGAGUAGGUUAGCAGUAGGCGAGCUAAGCAGGCUAUGCACGAUCGAAGACAGGUCCGUAAAAAAAAGAACCUACGAAGGAAAAGGGAUUUAUUUCUUAACUUCCAAGUUCAAAAGGAAAGGGACCUAUAUUGUCGAACAAAUGGGCCACACUGAGAAAACAGGGCGAAAAUCACCCCCCCCGCAACACGGAUACUCACGGAUUUGUUUUGCUCGUUUAGGCGCUUGAUAUUUUUGAAUGUUGAUAAUUUCGGUCAGGUCGGUCAGGCUAGAUUUCCUAAACCGGAUGCAAUACGAUUGGACCCAAAUCAGUCAUUUCGAUCGGUUUCCUAACCUUCGGAUUCGGAUUGCUAUACCAAACAGUUACAUUAUUUAUGGAAAACAGAGUAGGACGCGAUCAGUUCAAAUUCCGGUUCUUCGCAACGGUCCCGAGUCGAGUCGACUCUCAAUCCCACACGACCGAUUUUAAAACAUGUGUGUAUGUGUGUGUGUGUCGAUCAUCCCCCCAAAAAUGCAUGCAUAUUGCGUGGCAACGAUCAAAGGAUGUGGAUUGUUCUAUUUACACUACUACUGACUGAACACUGCACAGUGUAGUAAAUAACAGCGCCAUCCGUUUGUCCUUUGCGUGUAGUGGUGCGAAACUUCCCUAACGAAAACUGUGAACCAAACGCAGCACAAAUAAUUUAUUUUCGAAACGCUGUAGCCAGCAGGGACACGGCACAGUUGUGUAAUCUUUGUUUUGUAAUAUAAUAUAUCUAGUAUUUGUCCAUCUAGUGUGUCUGUGUGUGUGUGCGCGUGCUUGAGUGAUCGGUUUUUGGCGCGGUGUAUCGUGUUCUUCCAAGUGUUAAGUGUCCAACGUGGAUCGACGUUGUCGGUUCACGGAAAACGCUCGGGUUCAAUGGUAAAAUGUACAGGAUUCACAGAUUUCAAUCUGCCUGCUGGUUUGGUUAGAAAGGAUACUAAUGGGAAUGCGUAGCAUACUAAAGUGGGAGUUUUGAAAUGUUCGAAGCGGACGGACUUGUUUCUUGGGGUAAGCAAAGGGUGUGCGCAACAAUUGAUAGCAAAACAAAAAAUAAACAAAACCGAAAACAAAACAGUUUGUGCAACCGAUUUUGUAAAUACGGGACGAGUAAAUAAAGCAUACAAAAUACAGAAAAAAGAGAA